AUCCUAUCAAAGUCUCUAUAUAAGUCUCUUUGCAUGUUCUUUCAUUUCCAUCACAGCAAAGAGCAACAGACAACAAGAAGCAACAAACCCUACUCAACGUUCCUAGCUACUCUAAUGGCAACUGCUAUUGUUUCCAAGGCAACAUUAUCCAAAUGGUUCUCCAACAAGAGCUUUGUGCUAAGUCUCCAUCGCCUUCAGCAUUCCAAAAAACAAUCAAGAAAUGAUGAACUCCAACAAAUAUUUCGUCACUUGGAUGCUGAUGGUAAUGGGAAAAUCUCAGGAUCUGAACUCAGAUCCUACCUUGCCUCCAAAAGGGAGUUCAUGUCACCUGAAGAGGCUCAAGCUGUGACCAACGAACUCGAUGCAGCAGGCGGCGACAGUUUGAUGCUCAGCUUUGAUGAUUUUGCACUGUUGAUGGAACGUGAAGGUGGGGAUGAUGAUCUGAAAAGAGGCUUUCAGAUGUUCGUAGCAAAGAGUUCUGGGUCCAUUACACCAGAGGGCUUGCAGAGAACAUUCGGUCGCCUUGGAAACAAAAUGUCAAAUGAAGAGUGCAAGAGAAUCAUACAGGCAUUCGACCGCAACGGCGAUGGUGUGAUUGAUUUCCCUGAGUUCCAGCAGAUGAUGGCUUAAUCCGGUAUCAAUGUUUGCACCUGUUCUAUGUG